UUUCCCUAAGCCUGGUUCGUCGGCCAUUUGUCCACUCUGAUCGUCCUUCUCGGAAUCUCCGUCGUCGUUUUGAUUAAGACAAAACCAAACGAAUAUGAGUGAGCAGCAUCAGGUAGCCGGCGACACAAAGCCUCCUACUCACUCCCAAGACUACGCUCCUUACCCUAAGCUCGAUCCAAACGACGUCGCUCCGCCUCCCCACUCCGAAACCUGGACCUCCGUCUCCAUCGCCUCAGAAAAGUCCGAAUCGCCGUCAGUCCCGUCAGCGCCGUCCGUCGCGAAUCCCGAAGUACACCCCGAGGCUCGGGCACCGCCGAUCCCCGCGGACAACGCCGCCACCACCAUGCCGCUGGAGUCCAACCCUUACGUCACCAAUCCGGCUCCGCCUCCUUCUUCGUCCGUCAAGAAUACGGUGGAUUCAGUGAAAGAUGUUCUUGGAAAAUGGGGAAAGAAGGCUGUGGAGACUACCAAGAAGGGUCAGGAUCUUGCGGGCAACAUGUGGCAACACUUGAAAACAGGACCCAGUUUUGCUGAUGCUGCUGUAGGAAGAAUUGCUCAGAGCGCAAAAGUGAUUGCUGAAGGUGGUUAUGAGAAGAUCUUUCAGAAAAAUUUUGAGACAGUCCCUGACGAGCAACUUCUGAAGACAUUUGCUUGCUAUCUGUCCACAUCUGCUGGCCCCGUAAUGGGAGUUAUAUAUUUGUCAACAGCAAAGCUUGCAUUUUGCAGUGAUGACCCCCUUUCAUACAAGACUGGUGAUCAGACUGCAUGGAGCUAUUAUAAGGUGGUUAUUCCAUUACAUCAGCUAAAGGCAGUCAACCCAUCAACGAGCAAAGUCAAAGCAGCUGAAAAAUACAUCCAGGUCAUCUCUGUUGACAACCAUGAGUUCUGGUUUAUGAGCUUUGUAAACUAUGAUAGUGCUGUGAAACACCUUCAAGAAGCAGUGCAGCCCCACCCCCAGCCCCACAGCUUGUAAUGAGUGUAAGGCUAAAUCUUUGCUGUGUCACAGAAAAGUCCAUAGAUGAAUACAUGAGCAUUAAUGUCUAUGUUCUAUGUUGUUUUGAGUAGUGGAAUUGCAAUGUAAUAUGCUUGUUUUUAGAACCCCAUAUUUUCUUAAACAUUUGGAAUGAGGGAGGUUUACUCAAAUUCAUAUAUUUUGUUGUAAAUGACAUUUGUGAUUAUGUACAUCAUAUUUCAGAC